AUGAAGGUUCUUCCGACUCUUUUUGCUUUUUCUCUCGGACUAGAUGAUAUUUCUUUGUCUGUUUUGAUUCAGUCGACUGUCAAUCGAUGUGCGACUUUGGGAACUUCUAAGGAAGCCUGUGUUGCAAAUGUGCGAACACAAAUUGUCUCGACAUAUUAUAUCCCUACAACUUGCUCUUUCGCCGAAAACUGGACAACAGUCGGGAAAAAUUCAAAGUGGUGGGGCAAGACAGAAGGCUACGGAAUCAUCGGAUGUGGAGAUAUUACAAACGCUGAAAUCGACCAAGGCGUCUUCGACAGUUACGCGAACAAUGGCUACAUCAACUGCUGGGCCGCUGGAUCAGGCCAAAAAUACAAUGAUUGCGUAGUGGAAGAACUUGAAAAGGGCGCUCCGUGGAUUUGCCCGGGCACUAGAACUGCGCAUUUUCUCGUCGCCGAACCAGGAACCGACAUGUACUGGGAUGGUCAUGGCGGUGGAUACUCGGGUACAAAGUACUUUGAUACUGUCGGCUACUGCGUUGGAAUUGAUAUCUAG